CUGUCGCCCCGCGCCGUGGGUGGGCUGCUCGUCGAGACCGACCACCAGGUCGACACGCGCAAACUGGUCCCCGCACUGCGGGCCGCCUGUGAAGCGGUCGGGGUACAGAUCUUGGUCCAGACCGGUGUGACCUCAGCCGAUCAGGUGCUGCUGGCCGCCGGCGUCUGGCUUGAAGACGCCUCGUCACGCCGCUUGCCGCGUCUCGGCAUGCGACCGAUCAAAGGCGAGAUCGUCCACCUCCAGGGCCAGCCGCUCAUUGACCACGUCUUGCGCAACAGCGAUAUCUACAUCAUUCCCCGUGCCGGCGGUGAAUUGCUGCUCGGUGCAACCGAAGAGGAGCAAGGAUUCGACAUGAAGCCCACAGCCGGCGGCGUGCUCGAUCUUCUGCGCUACGCCUUUGAGAUUCUGCCGGGCAUCUACGAUCUCAAUGUGACCGAACUUGAUGUCGGUCUGCGACCAACGUUCUCGGACCACAUGCCGGUGAUCGCUCCGACCGAAACCGAAGGCAUCUUCAUCGCCGGAGGUCACUACCGCGGCGGCAUUCUGCUCGCGGCGAGCACGGCGCAUUGGAUAGGCGAAAUCAUGGUGUGGGAUGUUGCCGUACUCGGUGGUGGGGUGAUUGGUCUCGCCUGCGCAUUCGAACUGGCACGCAAGGGUCAAAAGGUGGUUGUCAUCGAACGCGACCAGCCCGGCCAACAGGCCAGCCGCGUGGCCGCCGGACUGCUCGGGACGGCUGCGCUGCCGCUGGGCGAGCAGGAUGACAUCUUGCCGCUCAAGCUGGACAGCCUGCGUCGAUAUCCGCAGUUCAUCGCCAAGGUCGAGUCGAUCGGCCGGAUGAGCGCUGGUUACCGGAUGGACGGUACGCUCUGGGUGGCGAGAGACGCUGACGAAGAUGAGCAACUUGAGCUGCUGCACAACGAGCGGACGCAACGCUACCUGAGGUCGCAGCGAGUGACGGCGAGCGAGAUCUUUCAGCUCGAGCCAGAGUUGGCGCCCGGGCUGGUCGGCGGUCUGCUGGUCGACGAGGAUAUCCAGGUUGAUCCGCGCCGACUGCUCGCGGCAUUGGAGCGCGCGGUCACCAACGUUGGAGCGAAGCUCUACACACAUCACGAGGCGGUUGGCGGCGAGUACGACGAGUCGGCAGAAGCGUGGAGCAUCCAACUGCGCAGCCAACCACUCAGCCAAGACAGCGGCGAGGAACGUGACUCGAUCCAAGCCCGCAAUGUGCUGAUCACGGCCGGACCCUGGUGCGAUCAGAUCAUCGACACCGCCGGCGAGGCGGGCUCGCCUCUGUCGCCAACUGGGGUCGGACCGGUCAAAGGACAACUCCUGCGGUUGCGAGGACCGCGAAUCAUUGACCGCGUCAUCCGCACGACCAACAUCGACCUCGCCCAGCGUCGCGACGGCGAGCUGAUCGUCGCAUCGACGAAGGAACCGGAGGCCGGCUGGGAUCUGACGCCGACCGAGGAGGCCCGCGAGGAACUCCUGACCCGAGCCUCGGGUUUGAUUCCGCGUGUGCGAGAACUCGACCUGGAUGAACAGAGCGUGGGUUUGCGGCCAGCCGUUGAGGACCACCUGCCGAUCAUCGGUCCGGCCGGUCGCCCGGGACUAUGGAUCGCGACCGGACACUACCGACACGGCAUCCUGCUCGCUCCGGGAACAGCCUUCUGGCUGGCUGAGGCGAUUGAAUCCGGACAGAUACCGGACGCAAUCUCGGCCUACGGUCUCGAGCGGCUGAGAACGUCGCAAUUGAAUUCGGAGGCGGCAUCGUGA